AUAUCCAAAGAUCAAAAUUCCAUUUCCGAUAAAAGAGCAUCUAUUUCGACAUCAGGCCCACCUGGUGGACAAGAUUCAAAAGCAUCAGAAGAGUCAGCAGUGGAAGUAACCAAUAUUGAUAGUACAACCUGCAACGAUGAUGACAUUAAGUCAAAAGACAGAAAUGCUUCAACCGAAGAAAGAUCUUCUUUAUCGUCAAAAGUAGAAAGUAAUAAUUUUGCAGAACAAAAUUCUGCAAUAUUUGAGGUCCCUGAAAUUUUGACUGCUGAAGGGUUUGUCAUAAAGCUUUAUGUAACAGACUUGCUGGAAGCUGACGCAGAUAUAAUUGUCAAUGCUGCCAACGAUAAAUUGUCCCACGGAGCAGGCAUUGCCUUAGCUAUCGCCAGGGUAGCAGGUCCAGUGAUGAGAAAAGAAUGUAAGGACUACAUCCAAAAGUAUGGUACUCUUCCAGUUUCAAAAGCGUUUGUAUCAGAUGCAGGACAUCUAAAAUUUAAAAAGAUAAUCCAUGUUGUCGGGCCCUCUUGGCCAGAAUACACCAAUAAGCUGGAUUGUCUGAAAGAUUUAGCAAGAACUGUAACGAACCUUUUAGAGAAGGCCAAAGAAUGCAAAGUCAGAACUGUUGCCAUGCCAACUAUAAGUUCAGGUAUCUUCAGAGUACCAAAAUCCCUGUGUGCUGCUAUGUAUCUGAAAGGCAUCUUUGACUUUAGCAAACAGAAGAAGUUUGGAUCACUUAAAGAGCUCCACAUUGUUGAUCUGUCAAUGGAAGUCCUUGAAUUAGUAAAGGAAAAGUAUCAGCAUUACUUAGCUUUUAAACAGGCCAUUGAUCCAGCGUGGUUGGUUGUAAGAUACCACAGUGAGGAAGAAACAAAGACAACACAAAGUAAAACAACAACAUCAACACAGGCCUCAAAGGUGUCAGAGAAAACCCAAGACAAACCAAACAGAGGAAAAGCUUCUGUAUCAAAUCCAAAGGAAAGUAAAAAUUCUGAAAACCCUUCAAUGAAAAUCACCAAGAUAGGCAAUGUGUGUGUUUACAUAUAUACAGGCGAUAUCGGUACGCUAUCAGAUUUAGACAUCGCCGUUAGUAGUGAAAAUCCAUACUUCACGGGAAAAGGCGGUAUUGCAUCUAAUUUUCUUUCAAAGGGAGGAAAAAAGUAUAGAGAAGAACAUGAAAAAUUACAAAAACAUGCACCGUUUACCUUAUAUUCUACAAAAACCACCUUGGGAUAUGAGACAAACUUUAAGAAAAUCUGCCAUGCUAUUAUCGUUGCCUUCUCGAAAGCUAACCCGUUUUUACCUCAUCAUCAUAUACCCUAUAGAAAUUUCAUACAUGGUAUACUAUACCAAGUGGACCACCUGGCAGGGCAAAAGUGUGGCAGAAAAAUGAAAAAUCUUCAGUCCAUUGUUAUGCCACUUUUAGGAGCAGGUAAUCUUCAGGAUCAAAAUACCAUCAAAACUCUUUGUACUCUUACUCGUGAUGCGAUAGAAUGGUAUGCCUGGUCACAGCCCUCAAAUAUAACGCAGAUACAUCUUGUUAAUGUGCGGGAUGGGUUUACACAAACGUUGGACAAAACCUUUAAACAGCCGGGUAUAAAUCUUCCGGUUUCUAAAGGUAACAUUGCAAAAUCUUCCAAGUUUGAUUCUAGGCCUUUUCAAUAUAUUUACACUUGGAAGGUGCCAUCAAAAGAUCAAACAGUAAGGUUUACAGACUUCAUAAAGCAGUCAGAAAAUGCCGAAGACAAUACCUGCAUCAUCUGCAUGGAUGAAAUGACGAAGCCCGUCGAAUUUACUAGAUGUCAUCAUCAGUUCUGCGAGGAAUGUAUUGCGGGAUAUUUUUCUGUAAAACCAGUUUGCCCCGUCUGUAAUGUUGUUUACGGAAAACUUUACGGAAUUCAACCCGCCAACGGAGAAGCUAAAAUUUUCAAGGACACGAAAUCACUGCCAGGAUUCCCAAAGACAGAGACUUUCAUCAUCAGCUACGAAUUUCCGGACGGGAAACAGGAGCAAUGCCACCCAGAACCAGGUAAACCAUAUACUGGGACACAAAGACAGGCUUAUCUUCCAGACAACGAGGAGGGCAUGGAAGUUCUCAAUUUACUGGAGAAAGCCUUCAAACAGAGAUUGGUGUUCACUAUAGGUGUCUCUCGCACCACAGGGAAAGAAGGUGUGGUUACUUGGAAUGACAUUCAUCAUAAAACUAGAAGAGAUGGAGGUCCAGAAAGAUUCGGAUAUCCAGAUGAGGAAUACUUAACACGAGUGAAAGAAGAACUUUACGUCAAAGGAAUUACCCUUUAGUCAUAGAAUAUUUGAUAGAAAAAAUGUGGAUUGCAUUAUGUAUGAAUUCAUUUGAAAUUCCCUGAGCAAUAUCAGUUUUCGUGCAACGUGGUUAAUAGCUCUUCAAGUGUGGUAAAUGAUUUAAAUUCUAUGUACGUUAAAGGAUUCAGAAAAAAGAGAGAAUAUGAGGACAAUUUCCUUUGGCAUAUUGAUAAAUUGCAUUUACAUUGUUAUUUUGACCCACGACCUCCGCCCAAUACCAACCCAUGUACAGAUAAAUCAUGGCUACUAACACUAUUUGCGAACAUAUCAAAAGUUAUGUUUCAAUAAAUACAUACAACUUUUUCACACCUUUUAACCACCAAAUUACCCCCUCCCACCCCACCCACCAAAAACCACGAUUAAGCCACCUCGUGUUUGAUUACGUGCUUAUGCAUGAC